AUGGAUGUUUCCGGACAGUCUGCAGAGCAAUCUGCAGAGCAUUCUGUAGAUCAUUCUGAAGCCAGCCAUGCCACUGGUGAAGGAAAAGCCAAUCGUGGUGAAGAAGAAGUCAAAGUAUAUAUCUUGAGCCCUUCGUUCCCAGAGAGAUUCACGUUCAACCUGACUCUCAACACCACGGUUGCGCGUCUGCGCUUGAAAAUCAUGCAGACAAUCCCUCCACACCUAUCGCCCACGGAACAGAGGUUGAUUUAUAGUGGACGAAUUAUUCCCCAAGCACCUGAUCUUUUGACACUUCGGGAUAUUUUGGUGCCAAGAGGGCGAGACGUGUACACAAUCCACCUUAUUCUUCCGCCCACAUCCAUGCCGGUUCUUUCGACAAGUCAAAAUACAACAUCCUUCCAAGCUCCUGGCGGCGCAGCUCAACCACAGGUGGAGGGCAUCCGUCACAGGGCCCUGCCCACGACUCCCUCGCCUAAUCAGACUAGACCAGCUCGGGCAACUGCAAACCAACGGGAAUUGGAUCCAAUGCAAGCCGAUAUCUUUUUUAGGGGUCUUCAAGGACAGGUGGAAUUACUUGAAAGGGAGAUGGCAGAAGGCAUCACACCCUCAAUGGAAUUAUUGUUCCAUGUACGCACUCGCAUCAUGCAAAUCACUGAAGGCCGCCCUCUUGAGUCCAACUCGUCUGCGGGGUUAUCUCGCUUCGUGUAUCCUGAAGAAAGGGAUGUGCAACAGCUGCUGGCCCGUGUAAUGGAAAUCUAUCGUCGCAUGGACCACUUGCUUCAAGGCCCUGGUGUGAGGCGUGAAACCCGUGAUACCACAGUGAUCCCAUCAACUGAGCCCCAUGUCUAUCUUGCCACCUCCCCAAAUGGCUAUCAGGCUCUAGUCAUGCAACCAAGAGAAGGAAGAAUACCGCCGCCUUCUGAACAUCGUCCUCCUAUAGGGGCGCAGCCUCAGCCUCAGCCCCAUCAGCCUAACAACGGACGUCACGCUAUAAUGAACCAACAGCGACAGCAGAAUGGACCAGCCAACGUUGGUGCAUUUGGAAGUUACUUUCGUCGUGUUUGGCUCUUUGUUAGACUCUACUUUUUCAUUUAUAUGAUUAGUGAGUCUGGCACCUGGACCCGCAUUCUCUUUGUGACCUUGGCUGUAUUGGUAGCUGUGUUCUCGGACUCGCAGCUUCCACAGCUCCUCUAUGGGGCGAUUGUCGCCCCAAUGCUACGUCACCUAGAGGCACUUGCCCAUAUGGGGGGCCCUGCUGAACAACCUGCACGGGCUGCGGUCGAUGGUUUCUGGGAAUACUUUUGGCGUGCUGAGCGGGCGGUUGUUCUGCUGCUAGCUAGCCUUAUUCCAGGAAUUGGAGAAAGACAAGUCCGGGCCCGGAACGCAGCUGAAGCCGAGGCUGAAAGAUUGCGGCUAAAUGCAGCAGCAGCUGAGGCUGAAAUGGCGCGGGUAAAUGAGGAGGGGGAGAGAGCGAGAGAGCGUGGUGAGCAUAUAAGCGAGGAAACAGGUCAGGUUAGGCAUGAGAAUGAACGUGAGCUUCCGUAA